AUGGCUCAACAAAAUUUAUCCAUUUUCUCGUCAUCAUCCUUAGUGGAAUCGCAACAACACACUCACAAUGAUUGUUUUUCAUUUUGUAAAAUGCAUGGACUUGGAAAUGAUUAUCUUUACAUUGAUUGUUGUUUCGGAAAUGGACAUUCCAAUCCUUCUGAAAAUGAUUUUCGAAAAUUUAUUAAACAUUUGAAUAUUGGACCAAAUGAAAAUGAUGAGAAUGGCUCAUUGUCCAAUCAUCAUCAUCAUCCAAACACUCAUUCAUACACUCUUGAACACAUAAUUCAAAAAUUAUGUCAUCGAAAUUUUGGAAUUGGAGCCGAUGGUGUGAUUUUCAUCACAACACCAAAUUUAGAGUUAUUGGAGGAAAAUACAAUUCAAUCAUCAUCUUCUCACAACAAUACUACCAUUCACUGUCGAAUGGAAAUGUAUAACUCGGAUGGAUCCAGUGGAGAAAUGUGUGGCAAUGGUUUGAGAUGUGUCGCUCAGUAUGCCUGUGAUCGAUUGAUUGCAAUGAAAAAAAUUGAAAAAAAUCAAAUUUCACAUCACGAACGUUUUUCAAAUGUUCAAUAUGGCUAUCAUGUUCGAGUUCAAAGCCACCGAAAAGUCUAUGAUUGCAUUUGUUAUGCUGGAGUUGAAGAGGAAGGCAACAAAAAGAGACAACAACUCUGUCAUGACGAGAAUUAUUUCAUUGUUCAUGAUCAAAUUCUACUAGUAGCGACUACACCAACCAAUCAUACAUUAUGGGUAGAAAUUGAAAUGGGGCAAUUACAGACACAAGCUUCAAACUUUGACAUGGCCACAGAUUUUGAAAACCCACUUAUGGAAGUUCCUCUCGUCAAUCAAGAAGAAGGACUUGUUCGAAAAGUUCUCUACCAUUACACACAACAACAUGUGUUGAAAAUUCCAUUGUAUUGUCUGUUGGUUCCAAAUCCUCAUGCAAUUUGUUUUGUGAAUGAAAUUGGAAUGAAUGAUAAAUCGAGUGUCUUCGAGACGAUUUGGAAAGAUGUGAACAAAAUUCCAUUAGCUCUUGUUGGUUCUGUGAUUGAAAAUGAUCGAGAAAUAUUUCCUCAACGAACCAAUGUGGAAUUUAUUGAAAUGAUGACUGACGCAUUGCCGACGAACGUGAAAAAACGAGAAAAUAGAUCGACACUGAUCGAGAUGCUCGAAUCGAAUUGUGUGUUGAGAGUGAGACAAAGAACGUGGGAACGAGGAAGUGGUGAAACAAAUGCAUGUGGAACUGGAGCAUUUGCUGUUUCACAAUUAGUCUAUUUAAGGAAGUUUUAUGGAAAUGGUCAAAAUAAUGAAGGAACACCAUCAUCUUCACCACCUCCCGUGUGCACGGUUCAAGUGAAACUCAAUGGAGGAGAUUUGUACUUUAAUUAUGAUCGAAGAAAACAAGAUGAUGCGACAACAAUGACUCGUGUCAACAUGAUAGGACCUGUGACUUAUGUCUGCAACGGCAGUUUCAGAAUAUUUGAUUUCUUGUAA